GAUCCACCCAGUUCUGGCCUUUCUGUUGCGGCAAGUGCCAUGGCCGGCUGACAGGCACGCAGCCCGCGCUCGGCCAGUGGGCCAAGCUGCACGGCCCCCUGUGCGAGAGGCACGCGGCGCCGCGCGAGGUGCCCGCUGCAACUUUCUCGCCGACGGAGCAGGAGCUGGAAGUGCUUUGCCGGAACACCCGCGCGUGGUUCGGCCGGCUGAAGACGUUGGCACCUCCCGGCGCCGACGACGGGUUCGUGCUGGAGCGCGCCGCCGUCCUCGAGCGCAACCGCACUCCUCGG